ACAAAGAGAGAUAAUGAGAUAGGGAAAGAUAUAGUCAUUUAUUUACAUCCAUGGAAAUUCUACAUGCAACAGCUUUGUGAGGGACUUCAAAGGAUUUAACCAUAACCCACACUAAACAAUAGCAUCUAUCAGCUAUAAAUAUACCCAAAGGAUAAAAGAAAGAAGGCGCCGGCUAUGGAACUACGGCUCCUGGUGAUCGGAAGCAACGGUCCAGCUCAGUUCCAACUGACCAACGCCAUCCUUGGGAGGGAGGAGUUCUCCAAGGCGGUCACCGGCAUUCCCUCCAGCAUGAAGAACACGGGACAGCUGGCCGGGCGGCGGGUGGCCGUGAUCAACGGUCCGAACAUCUACACCAAGGACAUCACCGAGGCCAAGAGGAAGAUGGAGCUGAAGAGGUCAAAGUGCUUGUGCGUGCCGGGCCCCCACGCCCUGCUCGUGGCCUUCGACCUGGAGCAGAUCUCCCUCAACGACAUCCAGAUGCCCAAGCUGGUGACCAAGCGCUUCGGGGUGAACUGCCUGCGUCACUGCAUGGUGCUGCUGGCCUACGAGGGUCCCCUGGAGGGCGGCGCCCUGGACGACCGGGUGCUGCGCAGCGACUGGCACCUGAAGGAGCUGGUGCAGAAGUUCGGAGGGCGCUACCACGUGUUCAGCAAGAACUGGAGGGACGACCGGCGGGACGUGGAGUUCCUGCAGAAGGUGGAGUGGAUGGUGGCGUCGGGCGGGGGCAGCUUCUUCUCCAGCAGGACCUUCCAGCGGGCGGAGUCCAGCGUGAGGAAGGAGGAGACGCGGAUCAGGAGGCAGCGGGCGGCGGAGAUGGAGAGGGCCGGCGAGGAGCUGGAGCAGCGCUUCAGCGGGGAGGAGCUGCAGCGGCAGCGGCAGGUGUACGACUACGUGGUCGGGGCGGAGAUCCGGGCCGAGGCGGAGAUGGACAACGGCUGGCUCAGGACUUCCCUUGCCAGGGGGCUGGGCACCGGCCUGGCCGUGGGGGCCAUGAUGGGCGCGCUGGUCGGGGCCGUGGAGGGUCCCGGGGGCAUGGUCCUGUACGGGAUCAUAGGAGGCGCGGUGGGGGGCGCCGCCGGGGGGGCCGCCCAGGUUGCCAUUGACAACCUGGAGGACAGAGUGGCCCCCGCGGCCAGGCUCAACUUCAACUCCAUCUUCAUCAACCGGUUCUUCCCCUCGGCCCGGGGGAGCAUGGCGUCUACCGUCAGCCUACUCAGUGAGAAGUCCUUCCUGUGCUUUCUGUGCAGAGAUGUCUUCAUCAAUCCCGUCACUAUUCCAUGCGGACACAGUUUCUGCAAAACCUGUCUCUGCCAUUCUUGGUCCAAGCACCAGUCCACCUUCUGCCCACAGUGUAAAAGAGUGUUUUCCACAAGGCCGGACCUUAGUAUCAACAGAAUCCUCGCAGAUGUGUCUGAGAACUAUAGGAAAAAUCGGCCGCUGAAGCCACCCGUUGAAAAAGUUGAAGCGAAUGUUGGGCAAAUGAUUCAGGAAAGGCAGCACAAGAUAGAGAGGUUGAAGUAUUCGGUCCAGCUCCUAAAGACCUCUUGUCUCAGAGAGGUGCGAGAGAGCCAGAAGGUGUUUUCCGCUCUGGUCCAUUCCAUGGAGAAGAGCCACAAGUGGGUGGUGGCCGCCAUCGAGGAGCGAGAGCAGGAGGAGGAGAGGAAAGUGGAGAUGCUGAUCCAUGAUCUGGAGCAGGAGAUCAGACAGCUGAGGAGCCAGGAGCAGAGAAAGGAGGCCCUUAAAUACGGUUCUCAGGUUCUUCAUACUAGCGAAAACGACGAUGCGGAACCCGACGUGCCAUCGUGUGCGUCUCUUACUAUUUGCCCCACUGAUAUGAAAGACUGGUCGAAGGUUACCAUGGAAACCGACCCUUGCGUUGCCAUCACCAGGAGAGCUCUUUCUGAGAUGAUGGAUAUGCUAAAGGAAGAGGUUAAUCGACUGUCAAAAUCUGAACUUAAGAGAAUACAGAAAUACACAGCGGAUGUCAACCUGAGUCCGAAGACGGCGCACCCCUCGCUCUCCAUCUCAGAGGACAGGAAGCAGGUGAGACACACGGACAAGCUCCAAGAGGUGCCGGACAACCCCAAGAGGUUCGACCGCGUGGCCAACAUCCUGGGCAGGGAGAGUUUUGGCGCCGGCCGGUACUACUGGGAGGUGGAGGUGGGGGACAAGUUGGAGUGGAGCAUCGGCGUGGUACGACAGACCGUCAACAGGAAGGGGAAGUUCACCGUCUGCCCGGCCAACGGCUUCUGGACUCUGAGCCUCAAGCCCGGAGGCCAGUACGUCGCCAACAGCUCACCGCCCGCGGUGGUGGGCGUGGAGGAGAAGCCCAGGAAGGUGGCUGUGUUUUUGGACUACGGAGAGGGCCACGUGUCCUUCUACUGCGUGGAGAGCGGGGUGCACAUGUUCACAUUCAGGGACAGCUUCACAGACAGACUCCAUCCGUUCUUCAGUCCCGGUCGCCUACACGGAGGCCGGAACGCCGCGCCUCUUGUCGUCACCUCCAGCUGUUGCAGCAUCUGAACCUCUUAUGUAAGACGACUGAAAAUGAUCCCUUUUUAUACGACUGAAUUGUUUUCACUGUACUUUUCUUGUUAAAUGUGCCUCCAAUUGUUCUUUGUAAAUUAUUCAGGUUAGUCAUUGAACGUCGCAUGGGCACAACAAUUAAAAAGAAUUACCAUCGGGA